AACAAUUAAAAAUCACAUCUUCUUCUCCAGUUUUAUUUCAAUUUUUUCUUGACUUUGCCUUUCAAUUUUAUAUAUUAAAGAAGAAUCGAAACCAUGGUGGCCGCUUCGGUUCCUCAUCAGUUGAAUCUCUCUGCUUCCAAUCAUAAAUUGGCAAAAUCUCCGUCCAGGCUCAUCCCAUCUGUAUCUUGCCGCCGUUCCUCUGGGGAAUUACAGAAUCUUGAUAAACAAGUUUCACGAUCAGUUUUGUUUUCAAGUUGUAAUUCAACUGCUAAAUCCAUUUCCAUCAAUGGAGCAUCAAAUCCACUCAGUUCAGCUCAAAAAAGAGAUCACAACCCACAAAUAUUUUAUGCCGCCUCAGCUGGAGUGUUGCCAAUUACUGAGGAAUUUGGUGAAUCUCAUUCACAAGCAAUGGAAGAAAAAAUUGGUGUGCUGCUUUUGAAUCUUGGAGGGCCAGAAACACUUCAUGAUGUGCAGCCAUUUUUGUUCAAUUUGUUUGCUGAUCCUGAUAUCAUAAGACUUCCGAGGCUGUUUCGGUUUCUUCAGCGGCCUUUGGCGCAGUUAAUUUCUGUUCUUCGUGCUCCUAAGAGUAAAGAAGGGUAUGCUGCGAUUGGAGGGGGAUCGCCUUUGCGUAAAAUAACCGACGAGCAGGCUAAUGCGAUUAAAAUGGCCUUGGAAGCAAAGGGUAUGUCUACAAAUGUUUAUGUAGGAAUGCGGUAUUGGUACCCAUUUACUGAGGAGGCAAUUCAUCAGAUCAAGAAGGACAGGAUAACCAAGCUUGUCGUGCUGCCACUUUAUCCACAGUUCUCCAUCUCCACAACAGGGUCAAGCCUCCGUGUUCUUGAAGAUAUGUUCAGAAAAGACACAUAUCUAUCAAGAAUGCCUGUUUGCAUUAUACGGUCAUGGUAUCAGAGAGAAGGUUACGUUAAUUCUAUGGCUGACUUGAUCGGAACAGAGUUAAAGCAGUUUUCUAAUCCAGAAGAGGUCACGAUAUUCUUCAGUGCACAUGGAGUGCCAGUGAGUUAUGUGGAGAAUGCAGGAGAUCCGUACAGAGAUCAGAUGGAGGACUGUAUCGACCUAAUCAUGCAGGAACUAAAAGCUAGAGGAUUUGACAAUGACCAUACUCUUGCUUAUCAGAGCCGAGUCGGGCCUGUACAAUGGCUGAAACCCUACACUGAUGAGGUUCUGGUUGAGCUUGGCCAGAAAGGUGUGAAGAACCUGCUAGCUGUUCCAGUAAGCUUUGUGAGUGAGCACAUAGAGACUCUUGAAGAAAUCGACAUGGAAUACAAGGAAUUAGCACUUGAAUCCGGCAUUGAGAAUUGGGGACGUGUACCGGCUCUGGGUUGCACUUCAUCCUUCAUCACAGAUCUUGCAGAUGCAGUGAUAGAAGCUCUACCUUCGGCAGAAGCCAUAGUAACCUCAAAAAGCACCUCUGAAGAAGCUGAUUAUGAUCCUUUUAGAUAUGCAAUCAAACUGCUGUUUGGCUCAGUCUUGGCGUUUGUCUUGCUUUUAUCCCCAAAAAUGUUCUUUGCAUUCAGAAACCACCUUCUUUGAAGACAACUAAAGAUACUACUACAGGUUUUUUGUAUAAGGAUAUCUUUAUCAGAUAAUAAAAUAUGAGGAUGAUUCUUGGUGA